ACCUACUCCCCUCAUCGCAACAAUGGGCAAGAAGAACAAGAAAGCCCGAAAGGGCGAUCAGCAGCCCCAUCAGCCUGCCCCCUCAGGCGAUAACAACGGCAACAAGAAACGCAAGCGCAGCAGCCAAAGCCAAACCAACACCAAUGCCAACGCCAACACCAAUGCCAAUACCAACGUCAAUGCCAAUACCAACGUCAAUGCCAAUACCAACGUCAAAACCACCACCAGCAACCCCCCAACCCACCUCGGCCCGCCAACCAAGCGCCCAAAACCCUCCCUCCCACCCCCCGACCCGUCCGCCCAGCUCACCCCCACCGCCCUCCUCCCCGCCAAAGUCCGCCAAGCCCUCGAAGAGCGCUUCGCGAUCCAACACCUCCACGUCGCGGCGAACACGAAGCUGGGCCCGAAGGUGCGCGCGAUCGUGGACUGCUUCCACCCGGAGCGGAAGAGUGUGGGAGCAGGUCUGCGCAAGCCCGUGCUCGUGGCGCUGACGGCGGGCGCGGGCGCGGCGAAUAAGGAGCUCAGCAUUGCGGAUAUUGCGGUGGGCAGGCUGGGAGGGAUGGGGGUGAGGGUCUGGAAGUAUGUUGGGUUAGGGGGUCGGGUUGAGGCUAGGGAGGGGGGGAGGAAGAGGGGUUGGCAGAGUGUGGAGGGGGGGAAGGAGGAGCAAGGAGAGGAUGGGGAGGAGGAGGCUUUUGAGGUUCUGAGGCAGGGGAAUGGGGAGGGACGGAAGGUUAGGGCGGUGCCGGUGCUGACGGUGUGGUUGGCGACGUGUGUGAUUAGGGAUUUGGAGGGGCGGUAUCGGAUUCAGGAUGGGCUGGAGGAGGAGGAUGAGUAGGAUCGUCGAGGCCUCGAUGACGGAACGAUUCUCUACUUUGCGUGGUAUGGGUGGGGCUUUGGGCAUAGCGACGGUGUUUUGUACUGACCUGCGAUAUACCCACUUUCACGGUUAUGGUGUUUACGGAUAUGGGACCCUGGGAUCAAGUCGGGGUGUUGUCUGGGUCUAUGAAUCGGUGAUGCGAUUCUCAAAACUUCCUGUGCUUUGAAAAUACAGUCGCUCUAGGCUAUGUAUACUAGAUUAAAACUGCUUGAGGUAUUCUCUGGUACGUC